CUGUAUACACGCGCGAGAAAUACAGCCAGCCAAAGGCGCCCACAGCGUUGCAGGUUGGAUCGCCCAGGGGAGCUCAGUGGAGAGGCGCGCUGCUCUGGGGUCGAAGUCCGACGCUUAUCUCUCAGUACACCACAGGGACUGCUGGAACACAACCAUGGCUGGCGACCGUGUGGACCUGGUGGUGUUCGGAGCGACUGGCUUUACUGGCCAGUUUGUGGUGGAGGAGAUUGCUCAGGUGGAGGCAGAUGGUGAUGGCCUCUCCUGGGGCAUCGCUGGCCGGAACCGCGCCAAGCUCGAGAAGGUCCGCCAGCAGGCAGUCAAGGAGACUGGCAGAAACCUGGACCACGUGGAGCUGAUCGUGGCGGACGUCAGCGACGAGGAGAGCCUGAACCAAAUGGCACGCCGCGCUCGCGUGGUGCUCAACUGCGUCGGCCCGUACCGCUUCUUCGGCGACCAGGUGGUCAAGGCGUGCGUCUCGAACGGCGCCAGUCACGUGGACAUCAGCGGCGAGCCCCAGUUCCUGGAGGGCACCCAGCUGAAUUACCACGAGGCGGCAGAGAAGGCGGGCGUGUACGUGGUGGGCGCGUGUGGCUUCGACUCCAUCCCAGCCGACAUGGGCGUGGUGUUCGUGCACGACAAGUUUGACGGCGACCUGAACGGCAUCGAGAGCUACUUCAACGUCAAGACUGGCCCCAAGGGCUACCGGGGCAUCCACUACGCCACCUACCAGUCGGCCAUCCACGGCUUCGCCAACCAGCACGAGCUGGGCCCGCUGCGCCGCCGGCUGUUCGGCAAACGGCUGCCCAGGUCCAACUACAAGCUGCCGAACCGCGGUAACCUGCACAGCAGCUCGGUCAUCAAUAAGUACUGCCUGCCGUUCCUCGGCUCGGACAAGUCGGUGGUACAGCGCAGCGUGUUCCACAACUACGAGAAGCGCGGCUGGCGCAACGUCCAGUACAGCCCGUACGUGGGCAUCGGCGGCUGGUUGAGGACCGUGUCUAUCACCGUCCUGCUGGCGGUGUUCGGACUGAUGGCCAGCACCAAGUUCGGACGCACCCUGCUGGAAAAGUUUCCGCGCUUCUUCACGCUGGGCGCCGUCAACCACGACGGGCCGACGCGCCAGCAGAUGGCCGAGACGUCGUUCUCCAUGACGUUCGUGGCGCAGGGCUGGAAGGAAAAGCGGCCGCAGGACGAGCAGCACACCUCACCGCCCGACCAGACGAUGGUGGCCCGGGUGUCGGGUCCGGAGUGCGGAUACGUGGCCACGCCGAUCUGUCUGGUACAGUGCGCCCUCAGCAUCUUGAAGGAGCCUGGCAAGAUGCCCGGCAGCGGUGGCGUGUACGCGCCGGGCGCGGCGUUCGCAGAGACAUCUCUGAUCGAGCGGCUGAACCAUCGCGGCGUUACGUUCGAGGUCAUCGGCGACCAGUAGACGGCAGGCGCCCUGCCCGCCCCGCCCUCCCCCCCCCCCCCCGUCCCUCCCCGGGCCGGUCGCUGGCGACGCAGCCCGGAGAGAGGACCGGGGCGCCUGGCGACUGGCAGCUGCCGCAGCCGGCUCGGGCCGGACCGCGAGGGGCGCCGCUCGAGGGGGCAGGUCGGCGCCGGCGGCUGGAGCUGGGCAUUGCACGGGCGGGAGGCCUCUCAGACACGUGCGGGUCUAGUGUGCCUCCGCGUGUCGGCCGGAGGCGAUUGUGCCGUCGACCCGGCUGUAGCACCGCCAUAACGCAGCUGUAAAUUGUGGACCGUUGUCAGGGUAUUCAGGGGAGGCGUCAGCGCUGGCAGAUCUACAGGGGCGGGAGCGCUGUUGUCGGGCGGUGGCGCGCUCUUCGCUGAAUCGAGGCUGUACUUCGGACGGUGACGCCCAGGAACCCCACAAUCGACCACGCCAGCGCUCGUGGACAGGGUAUCGCGUGGGAGUAGCGAUAACGGGGACAGGUGUGGGCUGGGAACUCCGGCAGCAAGAAGGACCAAUUUGAUUAAAAAGCUACGGCGGUAAAGUCGUGUACAAUUUGUAAGAGAAAUCAUCGGGUGUGAAGAAAUGUGUGUAGAAUGUGACUGGGUGAUAGGGAUAUGAAAAACUAUCGGAGACGUCGUUGGGCGGGGCUGUUACACGCUGCUAACAGGAGGAAGGUAUAUAAAUGUGAGGCGCGUUAUUCUGGAUGGGUGUGAAUGGGUGUUGGGGCCCCUUCAGCAGCAAGCCAGUUUAUAUGAUAUUUCAACUGAGUGGCCAGAAAUCAACGAACAAUCAGGCGAUGAGCAAGUCGAACGCUGUUCCGUCGCUGUCGGACGCGUGCCCACGUGUGUAGCAUGAACAGGCUGCGGUGGGCGCCGCUGUCAUGUGGGAGCGAUCCUAGAGGAGGGUAUCGUCAUGUUGCUUCUGUCUGCAGAAAGGUUGUGAUGUGGCCAACGGUAGAGCUUGCACUAACAGCAAUAUAUAUCAUGGGUGAA